GAAAUUAAUUCCAAUUGUUGUUUUGUGAGAUUGGGGGUGGAGAGGAAGGGUAGGGAGGGAUCUCAAUUCAAUAGUUUCUGAAAUUAAGGGCGAAGACGAAGACUAACCAGAAGAACAAUGGCGUUGAAAUUCUUGAACAAGAAAGGAUGGCACACGGGAAGUCUCAGGAACAUAGAGAACGUCUGGAAGGCUGAGCAGAAGCACGACGCCGAGCAGAAGAAGUUGGAGGAGCUUCGCAAACAGAUUCACGAGGAGAGAGAGCGUUCCGAGUUUCGUCAACUCCAGGAACAGGCCGGCCUCGUUCCCAAGCAGGAGAGGUUGGAGUUUCUCUACGAUUCGGGUUUGGCCGUAGGGAAAGCUAGCGCUUCUGAUGGUUUUAAAGCCCUCGAAGCCUUCCCCAAGCCCGACGAUGGACCUUCCUCUUCUACUUCUGCAGCCUCCAAGCAAGCGGAGUCUUCUUCAGCUGUGCCUGGAGCUUUGUUCGAAGACAAGCCUCAGUCUGCUAACGAUGCUUGGAGGAAGCUCCACUCCGAUCCUUUACUUAUGAUUCGACAGCGUGAGCAAGAGGCCCUGGCCCGAAUUAAGAACAACCCUGUGCAGAUGGCCAUGAUUCGCAAAUCAGUUGAAGGAAAGCCCAAGAAAAAGUCUCAUGAAGAAAAGGAAGAUAGAAAGAAGAAGCGUCAUAGUAGCUCAAAGCAUCAAAGGCAUUCAUCAUCUUCUAAAUCUGAAGAGGAAAAGACAAAGAACGGUCAUAGGAAGAGGUCAAAUUAUGAUAAAUACUCAGAUUCUGAAGAUGAAUCGCAUAAGAAAGCAAGUCAUAGGAAGAGUUCAAAUUAUGACAAGUAUUCAGAUUCAGAUGAUGAAUCACGUAGGAAAUCAAGUCAUAAGAAGAGUUCAAAUUAUGAUAAAUAUUCUGAUUUAGACGACAGUUCACAUAGGGAAGCAAGUCGUAAUGAGAAGAAUAGCUAUCGGAGUUCUAAGUACAGAGAGCAGUCACCUGAUGGCCAAUCCAAACGAGAAACUGUGAGAGAUGGUCAAAAUGUUGCUGAGAGAAAUCUUGAAAAGUCAGAGAAGGAAAGAUAUGUAGCUAAAGAUCGACAGGAGUCACACCAUAAGCGGCGCAAUGCUGCUCCUAAAAUGUCAGAAGAAGAACGAGCUGCCAGGCUGCGUGAGAUGCAAAUGGAUGCCGAGUUGCAUGAGGAGCAAAGAUGGAAACGGUUGAAGAAGGCUGAUGAUGAUGACGCUCGGGAAGCUACUCAGGCCGCCAUAAUUAGGGGCAAAAAUUUCUUGGAUGAGGCUCAAAAAAGUGUGUAUGGUACUGAAAAGGGGGGUAGCAAAUCAAUUGCAGAAAGUGUUCGUCGACGAACACAUUAUACGCAGGGUAGGUCCUUAGAAGGCAAUGCUUUCCGGCGUUGAUCUACUUGUAUUUCCAAUUUUUAAGUUCAGGGUUUUCUCGGUGGCACCCUUUCUUGGACCAGUUGAUGUUUAGUUCUUAUUGGUCAUGUUGUACCCUUUUAUGAAGCCACCUUAAGUUGGAGUUUACUUUUUACUACAUGUGAAUUGUUUAUAAAAAAGAACAAGGACAGGAAAACGGAUUGUAUCUCAUAUGUAAGAUGUUAGCAAGGUUAUCAACUUUUCAUAAUCAUAGGACCCAUUGUUGAAUAGUCAUCAACGCCAUGCUUUGUCACGUUCGUGUCAUGAGUAAAAGACAGAGACCGAUAACCUUUAGAAUUGGACUAUUGGCAUGAUAGCCAUGAUUACAGUCGGUUAUGCAGCAAUGGUUGUACGUAGUCUUUAA